GUCAUGCUAUGGUUUUAAAUCUAUGGCAAUCGAGGCUUGACGAAAUUUAUCAUCCUUCGUGCUUUCGACUUCAUAUUAAAAGCCCUAUUUAGCUAAAUAUUUAUAAUAUUGGUUAGACUAUUAUUAGAUAAAGAUUUCAGUUUAAUUGAUUAACUUAAAAGCCAUCAACAUGGUUUCACUUAAUCCUAUCAGAAUAUUAAAAAAUGAGGCUGAAGAAGAAAAAGCCGAGGUAGCUCGAAUGUCCAGUUUCAUUGGAGCGAUCGCCAUAGGUGAUUUAGUGAAAAGUACCUUAGGACCUAAAGGCAUGGAUAAAAUUCUGAUUUCCUAUGGCAGAAAUGCAGGACAAGUUGAAGUCACAAAUGAUGGUGCUACCAUUUUGAAAUCAGUAGGCGUAGAUAACCCAGCCGCAAAAAUCUUGGUUGAUAUGUCAAAGGUACAGGAUGAAGAGGUCGGCGAUGGAACCACUUCUGUUACAGUAUUAGCUGCAGAAUUACUGCGGGAAGCUGAGAAAUUGGUGGAACAAAAACUGCACCCACAGACAAUAAUUGUUGGUUGGCGUAUAGCUGUUGAAGCAGCCAGGCAGGCUCUGGCUGAAGCUAGUUUUGAUCAUGCGAAAAACAUGAAUGAUGCCGCACUGAGAUCUGAUUUGGAAAACAUUGCAAGAACUACGUUAAGUUCAAAGAUCCUAUCAAAUCACAAGGAGCAUUUUACAAAGUUAGCUGUAGAUGCUGUUCUUAGACUAAAGGGUUCAGGAAACCUUAAAGCUAUACAGAUAAUAAAAAUCUCUGGAGGUCUUCUAGAAGAGUCUUUCUUAGAUGAAGGUUUCCUAUUAAAUAAAAAGGUCGGUGUUCAUCAACCAAAACGUGUCGAGAAUGCUAACAUUUUAAUAGCAAACACUCCUAUGGAUACUGAUAAAAUAAAAGUUUUUGGUUCAACAAUCAAAGUAGACUCAAUGGCCAAAAUUGCAGAAUUAGAAGUUGCAGAAAAAGAAAAAAUGAAGGACAAAGUUAAUAAAAUCCUUGCUCAUAAAUGCAAUGUGUUCAUUAAUAGGCAACUUAUUUACAAUUACCCUGAACAACUGUUUGCUGAUGCCGGUGUAAUGGCUAUUGAACAUGCAGACUUUGACGGUAUUGAACGUCUAGCUCUUGUGACUGGAGGAGAAAUUGUGUCUACUUUUGAUUCACCUGAUAAAGUAAAACUCGGUCACUGCAAAGUUAUUGAACAGGUACUUAUUGGUGACGAAUGCUUGAUUCGCUUCUCUGGAGUGGAGUUGGGCUCAGCGUGCACAAUAGUUAUCCGUGGUGCGACACAGCAGGUUAUUGACGAGGCUGAACGUUCGCUGCACGAUGCCCUGUGUGUCCUUGCUGCUACUGUUAAAGAACCGAAAGUUGUAUAUGGUGGUGGGGCAAGUGAGAUGUUAAUGGCGGAGGCGGUAUCCCGCGCGGCGGCCCGCACGCCUGGCAAGGAAGCGGCCGCCGUGGAGGCUUUUGCGGUCGCCCUGCGCCGCCUGCCCUCCGCCGUCGCUGACAACGCGGGCUACGACAGCGCCGAGCUCAUCGCGCGCCUGCGGGCCAGCCACGCGCAGGGGGAGAACACCAUGGGGCUUGAUAUGGAAAACGGCCGCAUCGGAGACAUGAAGAAGCUAGGCAUCACCGAAUCUUACGUCGUCAAACGUCAAGUAUUACUGUCAGCUGCGGAGGCUGCUGAAGUUAUUCUUCGCGUCGAUAAUAUUCUAAAAUCGGCUCCUCGCAGACGCGGACCAGACCGUCGCCCUUGCUAAAAGGAGGAAGGACUCACCUUCGAUAAGCUUGUCACAAUAUCGAAUCUUAAAAAUAUGCGGGAGUCCUUUUUUUUAAAAUAAACAUAAAAAUUGUCCGACAAUAAGAGCCUGUUUCACCGGUCUUGGAACCCUAAUUGACGGAUGAUGGUAUCCAUUUGAUAUAUAAUUAUUUUUUGUCAUCAAAUUCAUCUACAUUUAUGAGAUAUUUGCAUUCGCAAAUAAGGAUCUAAAAAUUUUAGUUUAUUAUUUAAGGCGAAAAAGGUCGUAAUGGUCUAUUUUUCCUCCUCUGUUGUUAUAUGUAACUUAUCUGCAGGUUAAACUUUAUCCACAACCGAUGAAAUAGGCCCUAAGGCUCGGCCCUAAAACACAACAGUGCAGAUUAUUAUUAUCUUUUAUAUUUAAAUUUUUAUGCGGGAACCUGAUAUUUUUUAAGAUCUUUUUCAUCUGAUAUUGAGUUGUUUUGCUUUAUGGUAAAAUUUAAAUAAUACAGCUUUGUUUAAUAUGAUAUUUAUAAAAGUGCAUUUCUGUUGCACAACUUCUAGUAUGUUAGUGUAUUGACAGUAUGAGUUGUUCUCAACUUACUUUUAUUUGUCGACAGUAAAUAAUUUCUGUUUAUUUUUAGUAUUGUGAUCUUACGGUUUAAUUUAUACUUUCGAUAUAAUUAUAGUGAAGUUUAUUUUUUUAUAAAGUUCUCUCAAUAUCGUGUGUAUAAUUUUUUGGUAAGGUCAUAAUCUGAAUGCAUUAUAAAGAUAUUAUUUUUAUUAAUAACAUAACAAUUAUUGUUAUUUUAGUCUGCUAGCAGAAAUGUCUGAUUAGAAUUGUGCAACUUAUUUUAUAUAAUUUAGUGCACUCAAGACAUCACUGAUGUCUUGAUUUUAAAAAGUUAUAACAAAAAUAAAUUCUUCACUAAAUA